CAACUCUGCCCCAAGCCCUAGCUUGGCCAGAAGGUAGCAGACAGACAGACGGAUCUAACCCCUCUUGCAUCCUCCAGCCAUGAGGCUCCUCUGGGGGCUGAUCUGGGCAUCCAGCUUCUUCACCUUGUCUCUGCAGAAGCCCAGGUUGCUCUUAUUCUCUCCUUCUGUGGUUCAUCUGGGGGUCCCCCUGUCGGUGGGGGUGCAGCUCCAGGAUGUGCCCCGAGGACAGGUAGUGAAAGGAUCAGUGUUCCUGCGAAACCCAUCUCAUAAUAAUGUCCCCUGCUCCCCAAAGGUGGACUUCACCCUUAGCUCAGACAGAGACUUCGCACUCCUCAGUCUCCAGGUGCCCUUGAAAGAUGUGAAGAGCUGUGGCCUCCAUCAACUCCUCAGACGCCCUGAGGUCCAGCUGGUGGCCCAGUCGCCAUGGCUAAAGGACUCUCUGUCCAGAAAGAUGAACAUCCAGGGUGUCAACCUGCUCUUCUCCUCUCGCCGGGGGCACCUCUUUUUGCAGACGGACCAGCCCAUUUACAACCCUGGCCAGCGGGUUCGGUACCGGGUCUUUGCUCUGGAUCAAAAGAUGCGCCCGAGCACUGACGCCAUCACAGUCACGGUGGAGAACUCUCAUGGCCUCCGCGUGCGGAAGAAGGACGUGUACCUGCCCUCGUCCAUCUUCCAGGAUGACUUUGUGAUCCCAGACAUCUCAGAGCCAGGGACCUGGAAGAUCUCAGCCCGAUUCUCAGAUGGCCUGGAAUCCAACCGCAGCACCCAGUUUGAGGUGAAGAAAUACGUCCUUCCCAACUUUGAGGUGAAGAUCACCCCUGGAAAGCCCUACAUCCUGACGGUGCCAGGCCAUCUUGAUGAAAUCCAGUUAGACAUCCAGGCCAGGUACAUCUAUGGGAAGCCAGUGCAGGGGGUGGCGUAUGUGCGCUUUGGGCUCCUAGAUGAGGAUGGUAAGAAGACUUUCCUUCGGGGGCUGGAGAGUCAGACCAAGCUGGUGAAUGGACAGAGCCACAUUUCCCUCUCAAAGGCAGAGUUCCAGGAUGCCCUGGGGAAGCUGAAUAUGGGCAUGACUGACCUCCUGGGGCUACGCCUCUACGUUGCUGCAGCCAUCAUUGAGUCUCCAGGUGGGGAGAUGGAGGAGGCAGAGCUCACAUCCUGGUCUUUUGUGUCAUCUCCCUUCUCCUUGGAUCUUAGCAAGACCAAGCGACACCUUGUGCCUGGGGCCCCCUUCCUGCUGCAGGCCUUGGUCCGUGAGAUGUCAGGCUCCCCAGCUUCUGGCAUUCCUGUCAAAGUUUCUGCCACGGUGUCUUCUCCUGGGUCUGUUCCUGAAGUCCAGAACAUUCAACAGAACACAGAUGGGAGCGGCCAAGUCAGCAUUCCAAUCAUUAUCCCUCAGACCAUCUCAGAGCUGCAGCUCUCGGUAUCUGCAGGCUCCCCCUAUCCAGCCAUAGCCAGGCUCACUGUGGCAGCCCCACCUUCAGGAGGCCCCGGGUUUCUGUCUAUUGAGCGGCCGGAUUCUCGACCUCCUCGUGUUGGGGACACUCUGAACCUGAACUUGCGAGCCGUGGGCAGUGGGGCCACCUUUUCUCAUUACUACUACAUGAUCCUAUCCCGAGGGCAGAUCGUGUUCAUGAAUCGAGAGCCCAAGAGGACCGUGACCUCGGUCUCCGUGUUUGUGGACCAUCACCUGGCACCCUCCUUCUACUUUGUGGCCUUCUACUACCAUGGAGACCGCCCAGUGGCCAACUCCCUGCGAGUGGAUGUCCAGGCUGGGGCCUGCGAGGGCAAGCUGGAACUCAGCGUGGACGGUGCCAAGGAAUACCGGAACGGGGAGUCCGUGAAGCUCCACUUAGAAACUGACUCCCCAGCCCUGGUGGCGCUGGGAGCCUUGGACACAGCUCUGUAUGCUGCAGGCAGCAAGUCCCACAAGCCCCUCAACAUGGGCAAGGUCUUUGAAGUUAUGAACAGCUAUGAUCUCGGCUGUGGUCCUGGGGGUGGGGACAGUGCCCUUCAGGUGUUCCAGGCAGCGGGCCUGGCCUUUUCUGAUGGAGAACAAUGGACCUUCUCCAGAAAGAGUGAGAACAGAGAAGGAAGGGGAGUGGGUGGCAGGAAGAUAAGGAAGGAGGAAGGGCCUGAGGGGGCCAGGUACCUCUCAGCAAUUGGCAGCAGGGACAGGACAGGGCUCCAGGCCAAGUCCGGCUGCUGCACGUCGGGCUUGGACCUUCUGCUACACGGAAUGCCUCAUGGGCAGACGGUGUCACCCCAUCCUGGCAGCAGCGCUUGGCUGUUGGGCGAAAGCAUACUGACCCACCUGAAGGGGCCAGGCCACUGCUCCCAUCCCUAUCUCCAAGGCUACAUGCGGAUCCAGCAGUUUCGGAAGGCGGAUGGUUCCUAUGCGGCUUGGUUGUCACGGGACAGCAGCACCUGGCUCACAGCCUUUGUGCUGAAGGUCCUGAGUUUGGCCCAGGAGCAGGUAGGAGGCUCGCCUGAGAAACUGCAGGAGACGUCUAAGUGGCUUCUGUCCCAGCAACAGGCUGAUGGCUCGUUCCAGGACCCCUGUCCAGUGUUAGACAGGAACAUGCAGGGGGGGUUGGUGGGCAGUGAUGAGACUGUGGCACUCACAGCCUUUGUGACCAUCGCUCUUCAUCAUGGGCUGGCCGUCUUCCAGGACGAGGGUGCAGAGGAAUUGAAGCAGAGAGUGGAAGCCUCCAUCUCAAAGGCAAACUCAUUUUUGGGGGAGAAAGCGAGUGCUGGGCUCCUGGGUGCCCACGCAGCUGCCAUCACGGCCUAUGCCCUGACACUGACCAAGGCCCCCGGGGACCUGCAGGGUGUUGCCCACAACAACCUCAUGGCAAUGGCCCAGGAGACUGGAGAUAACCUGUAUUGGGGCUCAGUCACUAGUUCUCAGAGCAAUGCCGUGUCGCCUACGCCGGCUCCUCGCAACCCAGCCGACCCCAUGCCCCAGGCCCCAGCCCUGUGGAUUGAAACCACAGCCUACGCCCUGCUGCACCUCCUGCUUCACGAGGGCAAAGCGGAGAUGGCAGACCAGACUGCAGCCUGGCUCACCCGUCAGGGCAGCUUCCAAGGGGGAUUCCGCAGUACCCAAGACACGGUGAUUGCCCUGGAUGCCCUGUCUGCCUACUGGAUUGCCUCCCACACCACCGAGGAGAGGGGACUCAAUGUGACUCUCAGCUCCACAGGCCGCAGUGGGUUCAGGUCCCACGCGCUACAGCUGAACAACCGCCAGAUUCGCGGCCUGGAGGAGGAGCUGCAGUUUUCCUUGGGCAGCAAGAUCAAUGUGAAGGUGGGAGGAAACAGCAAAGGAACCCUGAAGGUCCUUCGUAUCUACAAUGUCCUGGACAUGAAGAACACGACCUGCCAGGACCUGCAGAUAGAAGUGACAGUCAAAGGCCACGUCGAGUACACGAGUGAGGAACACAGGAGGAGAGGCACCUAUGCACAGCUCUCCCGAACUCCAGGUGCCCCGCAGUGCUCACCCGGUGUUGUAGUAGUCGUACAGGCUGCGCUGGCGGCUGCACCAGCCCACGGGAACUUCCUGCCACAGCCUCAAAGCCCACCACUCCGGGAGGUGGACCUGGGCCAGUCUGCCCUUACUCUGCUGGUUCACGUGUCAACUUCUCCUUCUCGGAUUGACAUCAAGUCCCAAAGCAGCUCGAAGGGAGUUUCUAAGUUUCGUCAUCUGAUCCCCUCAGUCUCUUGUGCUCCCCAUGCCUCGCCACCUAGGCCUUGCCCUUCAGAAGCCAGAUGCCUGUGCUCUCUGUUCCCAACUCCCGUCCUCCCGAGCCCUGCUGAAUGCCCCUUUGCCCCCUGCAGCCCCCAGUACUUGCUGGACUCGAAUAGCUGGAUCGAGGAGAUGCCUUCUGAACGCCUGUGCCGGAGCACCCGCCAGCGGGCAGCCUGCGCACAGCUCAAUGACUUCCUCCAGGAGUAUGGCACUCAGGGGUGCCAGGUGUGAGGGCUGCCCUCCCGCCUCCCCCAGGAGGAACCUGAGCCUGGGAACCGUGAAGCUGGAAGCACUGCUGUCUCCACUUUGCUGAACACAGCCUGGGACCAGGGCAUAUUAAAGGUUUUUGGCAGCAAA